ACCCGAGAAGACAGACAUCCUUGUUCUGGCAGUCGAGAGGGUGCAAGCUCACGGAGGCUCAUCUGCAGUCCAGGUUAUGGAGGCCCUGCUGUGGAGAGGUGUGUUGGUAGUUCUCUGCACACCUGCUGUUCUCACCUGCCCAGGUGGGCCUGAGUGUCCAGUCGUCCAGAGUCCCGGAGCCCUCUCUUUCAAUGGGCCCAACUCCUCGGCAGAGAUUCUGUGUUCCACCUCUAGGCCCAAUCCCAUGGGGCUCUACCUGCGCGGACGUUUCCGUGGCAACAGAUUGGUGGCAUACCUGGACAUGAACGACGAAGCGGUAAUACGAACGACCGUCGAGGCAGAGUUCAGGGGUCGUCUGGUGGUGGUCGAACAACCUGCAGUCAAGCGUUGCUGUACGGUGGCCUUGCGUCUGUCUUGGCUGCGCGUGGAGGACACGGACAGCUACAGCUGCACCUGGAUGUACUUAGACAGCAACACGUCCUCGCCGCUGGAGUUCCGGAGUAAAGGCUCCGUAAUUAUUGUCAGAGAAAGGGAUCCUAACAAGUCCUGUUUGGAUGGCUUCGUCAUGGACCUCAUCUUGAUCGUACUAAGUUUAUUAGCCUUCGUCAUUGCAUUUUUCGUCUUCAUUGGAGCUCUGGUGUGGAAAUGCACAAGGCAGAAAAGGAGGCAGUUCAUGCCUGGCAGAGCCACCAGACAAAACAGGCCCAGACACCCUCAUCAGCACCACCAGAGGUGUCCACAGCGCAGUCUCCAGCAGCUCACAGACAGCCCUCCACAACCUCAGUACUUCACGAGAUUACUGUGAUUUGACUUAGGAAAUACUGCAAUCAUACCUGAACUGAAUUGAGUUAAUCACAUUUCUACCUUCAUUAGGUGCAUUAUACAGUAUCAGUCUUUCCAUGAGAACCUGCAAAGUUUGUCAUUUCAUAUGGCUUUUUAUUCUUCUGCUUUUUUUUUUUCUUUUUUAAUUACAAUGUGGUGCACCAGUGUAUUGAGCUGUAUGUAAAACUAGGGUGAAAAUAAACUACUGUGCUAAAAAUGA